UUUCAAGGAAUCAGGAGCGCGGUCGGCUUCCACUUGCACAGUUUAUCAUGGGCACUGACGUAUGGGUUGGAAGCUGGAGACCUCAUAGACCACGGGGGCCCAUUGCAGCUCUCUAUAGCAGCCCAGGACCCAAGUAUUCACUCCCAGGAAAUACAGGUUUCGUCAGUCAUGAUCCCAGUCGAUAUCGUGCUCCAGCUUAUAGUAUGGGGAACCGACGUUUCAAGUUUGUUGACGACUGCUCACCAGGGCCAGGAUAUCUGGUGCCAUCUAAUAUCACUGUUAAGGGAAAGGAUGGAACCCCUGCUUAUUCCAUUUAUGGCAGACCAAAGGACAUCUCCUCAUUUAGGACCCCAGGACCAGGUAGUUAUUCUCCAGAGCGUGCCGGGAAGUCUGCAUACCGCUCAGCUCCAACAUACUCACUUGGCGAAAGAACAAAGACGUUCAGCAAUGACCAGACACCAGGCCCAGCAGCAUAUGUGCUCCCUUCUGUAAUUGGGCCACGGAUAGUGAACAGAAUUUCUGCCCCAAACUACUCUAUGACAGGACGGAGCAAAAUCGGUAGCUUCCAUGAAGACCUGCAGAGAACACCUGGUCCUGGGACAUAUCGUGUUAUAGACCCUGGUUCAUAUAAACACAGACCUCCUCAAUACAGUAUGACUGCGCGAAAUGUGUUGCCUGGCGAUACCACAAUAAAACCAGGCCCAGGAGCCUACAGCCCAGAAAAGGUGGUCAUGUCAAGGCCUCAGGCUCCUAACUUCUCUUUUGGUAUUCGGCACUCAGACUAUGUUGCACCCCUGAUCGUCGACGUAGCAGACUAAUUGAUACAAUAAACAGCAGAAUCUUGGCACAGAGCAACUGGUGUCCAGUGUGAAAUGGGAAAUGGAUGAAUUAAGGUUAUUUUAAAAUGCUUCAGCACACACCAGUUAGAUUGCAGUUUUUUCACUACAUGUUUAAACUUGAACCCACUAAGAAGUACUGUGAGCCCAUCCUUGUAAACUUAAGGUGGAGGGUACAGUAAUUUUAAAUGUCUUUUAAUAAUUUUUUAUUUUACCUACCUGUUUCCUCUAGUUUUGCACUAGAUGCAGCUAUAGCUAGAGCUAUAGGGGGAAUUAAUUAUUAAUAUCAGACAUGAUGCACUGACAUAACAUUAAUAGGUAUCCCAUCUGAAAACCUAAUUAUGCUAAUAUCGCUUAUCUUAAAAUACAAGAUAACCCAAUAGACACCUGGAAGAACAGAGUUGCUUUUCUAAUUAACUUUGAAUGGAAACAGAAAGCAGCUCUGUGUGAAUUCCAGGAACUGAUCUUGUUAUACCCAAUCCCUAUUGCAAGCAAACUGCAAGAUGCUAAUCUCAAACAUUAAUAACAUACUUCACAGCAGAAAGAUCAAUCCAUAUCUGAAUUAUGUAUCUAAAGAAAAUAAACCACAGUAGGGUAGUUUGGUGGUGGUACUUAUAUUUUGUUCUAAGCCAUUUUACUUAUUGCUCUACAAAGACUUUUAAAAGUUAAAUUCACCUAUACAACUCUCUCAGCGAUUCAUGUGACAUAUAUAUAUUCAAUAUAGCCCAGCACACACAAUUCUUUCAUGAAAACUAAAUCUUUAUAAUAAUUCUUUAUUUUGUAUUUUUCACAAAAGACCUGUGUGUGCUGGACUAUACUGGACAUAACUACUUGGUUUUCUGAGCACCCAAGCAUGGCUGAUUCGUUACCUGUUUCCAUUCACAUUUUUUUUAUAUAUGUAUAUAUAUAUGUGUAUUUUUUAUACAGGAUGCAAAAUCUGGAUACACUAUAUUACUGAAAAAGAUAAUACAGAUUCAAAAACAGACUCAAGCAAGUAUAAACUACUUGAAUAAUGAACUAUAAAACAUCACAAAAAUGAAUGACCACAGUAUUCUGCCGAAUAUAUUUAAAUGUUUCUAAUAACUGCAGUUAGCAAGACUCACCGAUAUUCUCAAUUGCACUGUUUUCUCUCGAAAGACUAAUAAUUGUUCACAAAUUUCAAUGUGCCAACUAAAUUAAACCUCAAUUUGUG